GACAACACAGUUACCAACACAUGAUUGGCGAGCCACCGGCAAUCAUCUUUCAUUUACACGGCGACAAAAGUCUUGUUGAGUUAAGAGAAAAGAAACCCUCGGAUCGAGAUGCAGGCAUAUCUUUUUAUCCUUUUUUCAGCUGUUUUUACAGCAACUUUUGCUUCAGAUGAUGUUCUUGUUUUUACUGAUGCUAACUUUGCCACAGAAGUAGCGAAAUACGAUGUAAUUUUAGUCGAAUUUUAUGCACCCUGGUGUGGUCAUUGCAAGAGAUUGGCCCCAGAAUAUGAAAAGGCUGCCACAAUUCUUAAGAAAUCUGACCCACCUGUGCCUUUGGCGAAGGUAGAUUGCACAGUUGAGACUAGCACAUGUUCCAAGUAUGGUGUUAGUGGAUACCCAACAUUAAAGAUCUUUAAAGGAGGAGAGUUCUCAAAAGAAUAUGAAGGGCCAAGAGAAACUGAGGGUAUCGUCAAAACUAUGAAUAGAGAGGCUGGACCUGUUUCUAAGAAGUUGGAAACUUUGGAAGAUCUACGCAACUUCCUUGACAAAGACUCAGUUGGUGUUAUUGGUUACUUUGAUUCUGAAGAUAGUGCAGAGGCUAAGACUUUCCUUAAAGUUGCAGACCAAUUGUCAGAUUUAAGAUUUGCACACACUGUUAAUGAGAAAGUUAAGGCUGAGAUGAAACAAGAAUCUGAGGGUGUUGUGUUAUACAGGCCUAAAGUUUUGCAAAGUCGAUUUGAAGAUGCAGAAGUUAGAUUUUCAGAGUCUGGUGCUGCCAAACUAAAGACCUUUUUGGGAUCUGAAGCUCUUGGACUUUGUGCUGAACGUACACAAGGAAAUGCUGCUAAUUUUCCAAAGCCUCUGGUGGUGGCUUAUUUUAAUGUUGAUUACACUAAGAACCCUAAAGGGACCAAUUACUGGAGAAACAGAAUAAUGAAAGUUGGAAAACAACUGCGUGAUAAAGGUGAACAAGUAUAUUUUGCUAUCAGUAAUACUGAAGAGAUGAGCAGGGAGCUGGAUGAAUGUGGUAUUGAAGAAAAAGGUGGAGAUAAGCCAGUUGUUUGUGCUUGGGAUAGCCAAAACAAGAAAUUCAAAAUGACUGAAGCAUUCAGUGUGGAGUCUUUUGAGCAGUUUGUUGUUGACUUUUUGGCUGGCAAGAUUGAAGCAUUCCUUAAAUCAGAGCCUGUUCCUGAGCCCAAUGAUGACCCUGUAAAGGUUGUAGUUGCUAAAAACUUUGAUGACAUAGUAAACAAUGAAGAAAAAGAUGUCCUGAUUGAAUUUUAUGCUCCAUGGUGUGGCCACUGCAAGAGUUUAGCACCAAAAUAUGAGGAGCUUGCCACAAAGCUCAAGGAUGAAAAGGAUCUUGUAAUUGCUAAAAUGGAUGCUACAGCAAAUGAUGUUCCAUCACCUUAUGAUGUUAGAGGAUUCCCCACUAUUUAUUAUGCUCCAAAAGGCAACAAAAGUUCACCCAAGAAAUAUGAGGGUGGCCGUGAAGUAGAUGAGUUUAUCAAAUUUUUGGCCAAGGAGUCAACUGAUGGUCUGGUUGGAUACAACAGAGAUGGCAAGAAGAAGAAGAAGGAAAAGAAGACAGAGUUGUAAUGUUUGUUUAUGUUACUGUCCUAUCUUAUUCCACAUUGUUGUUUGCAUACAGUUUGAGUGAAAUGUAAAUGGCUGUGUUUGAAUAACUUACACAAUUUGCCAUUGUAUAAUUGUACUGUGUGAAAUAGUUGUAUGGCAGCCUGCAGCUAAACGUGUAUGUUGUCAAUUCAUCAUGCAGAGCUUAUAUGAUCAGAUAGGCUCAUAUCAUUGAAUCAUGGUUGGUUGGUUUAGUAUUUGAAUCUGAUCUUCCAAUUUUCAUCUCAUUUUGAAAUGGUUUUUUUUUUUUAAUUUUUAUUUGCAUCAAGACUAGAAUAUGGUACACUUGUAUUGGUUCUGAUUGUUUGGUGUUGCUUCACUGGGUAUUUGUGAUUAAAUAUAACUAUGUACAUCUUGUUAUGCUGUUGUUUCUCCUUUUGGUGUGGUAUGGUGCCAGUCAAUGCUUCAAAUGGUUUUAGUUUCCAUAAAAGACCAAUUUUUGUUAUAAUCUCUCUAUGGUUACAUUAAUAUUUGGUGGGGAUUUUGUUAGCAUUCAUGUGUCAAGCCUUGUUAGUGAUCAUCUAAACAGUGAAUCUUGGGUUAAACAUCAAUGCUACUUGCAUUGUUCAUUUUUCAUUUUCUCUACUGCUGUAGGUUAAACAAUUUUAUUUGGCAACAUGUCAAUUCGUUUGUUAUAGAUUUUUAAAAUGAGCAAUAAAAAAAUUACUACAUAACUGCA